GACUAACGGGAAUCGCCCAUUAUUGUGACAACAAGUCAUUCUACUAGCAAUAACCUAGUUUUUGCACCGUAGUAAGUUUUUUUGGCCGCCGCCCUUCAAAAAAAAAACGAAGGCGGCCGCAACCAAUUUUGGUUCCCCCCCCCCCCCCCCCAAAUCGAUUCGGAUUUCUGUGUGACCAUUCAUGUUUCGACGCAUUUUUUAAUCUUCUUCAGAUGCCAUGGCGUACCGGUACCAAUACGCACUCCGAGCUACGAGAACGGUUGACACUUCUAUCGACACGUUGGUGCUUCAGACGAGAAAAGAUUUGGAAUUUUGACAUGCAACAACCAUCACUCCAUUAUUAUGAUUCGUCCCUCUGCGAAAAAGUUACGGAAAACAGCAAUGGUCUACGGAAAACCACGUGAAAUACAGAUUAUUCCCUCGGUCCUUCCAGGUGACUUUGGCAACCUCGGUGCCGACGUCAAAAGAAUGGAGGAUGCUGGAUGUCAUCGGAUUCAGUUUGAUGUGAUGGAUGGGAACUUUGUCCCAAACGUGACGUUUGGACCCGAUACCAUAAAGCAUUGCCGAAAGUACACGAAUUUGCCGUUCGAAACCCAGCUGAUGGUGAGCGAAAAAUGCACCGAUGCUAUGCUCGACCAGUUUGUCGAAGUCAGCAAGGGGCCGAACGGGGAGCCAGGUGUUGUGAUUGUUCACGUCGAGGCUUGCACCCACUUGCAUCGUACCCUAUCCAAGAUCCGUGCAGCGGGUGGUUCGCCCUCCGUAGCGAUGAAUCCUCACACUCCCCCCGAAAUGGUGGAAAAUGUUUUAGAUUUGGUUGAUCAUGUGCUAGUGAUGACGGUUAACCCAGGCUUCGGAGGACAAAAAUUUAUCCCAACCAUGAUUCCUAAAAUUGAGAAACUUCGAAAGUGGAUCGUCGAUCGCAAUUUGGACGUAGACAUCGAAGUCGACGGUGGAAUUAAGGCCACAAAGGAAACUAUUGGGAUCUGUGCUGCUGCUGGUGCAAAUUGUUUCAUUGCUGGAUCUGGACUUUUCGCUUUUGAAGAUAUGUCUGAGGGAGUCCAGAAACUUACUGCUUUGGCUAAGGAGGCACAGGAGUCGUCGUGAAGGGUUGCCAUUUAUUCUCAACAGUGACCGAAGCACGCAGUAUGGGUAUUCCAAAAUGUUGGAUUUCUUGUUUCUAUUUUCAAAACACCGAUAUUUUUGCGAUAAGAAGAAAGCUAAGCUAUAGUAUCUUGAAAAAUCAUGGGAACGACAGAAACGGUACAACAAUGUUUAAAUAUUUGAUAAUAACAUUUAUCUAAAAUC